AUGGCCGAGCUACAGCCAGAGGCACAGCAGGACCAAUCGGGAAACCAGGCCUGGCCACAGGCAGGAGGGCAGCAGGGGCCGCCCGGGGGAGAGCAGCAUGAACUGCCAAGGGAAGAGCAGCAGAAGCCGCCGGGGGUGGGGCAGCUGCCGGAGCGGGAGCAGCAAGCGGUGGAUGUGGAGAUGGCCGAGCUACUGCCAGAGCUGCAGCAGGACCAAUCAGGGAACCAGGCCCGGCUGCAGGCAGGAGGGCAGCAGGAGAUGCUGGGGGAAGAGCGGCAGGAGCUGCCAACAGGAGGGCAGCUGGAGCUGUUGGGGGGAGGGCAGCAGGAGCGGUCGGAGGGGGAGCGGCGGGAGUUGCCGGCGCGGGGGCAGCUGGAGGUCGCUAGUGCGGACUCUACUAGCCAAGCGAAGAGAACCCGGGCACGGGGCCGAGGCGGGAGACGACACGCCCGUAAGUCGCAAGGGCGGACUGGAAGCGGUGCUGCCGCACAGCAGGCGGAGGGGCAGCCGGGGGCGACCGAGACACCCCCGGGAGCCCCGCGGGUGGGGGGGCAGCCCCGGGUGCCUGGGGCGCCCCAAGGAGAGCAGCAGCCAGGGGGGCAGCCGGGGGUGACCGGAGCACCCCAGGGAGAGCAACAGCCAGGAGGGCAGCCGAGGGUGCCCCGGGCACCCCAGGGAGUGCAGCACGCAGGGGGGCAGCCGAGGGUGCCCAGGGCACCCCAGGGAGUGCAGCAGGCAGGAGGGCAGCAGGGGGUGCCCGGGGCACCCCAGGGAGUGCAGCAGGCAGGAGGGCAGCCGAGGGUGCCCGGAGCACCCCAGGGAGUGCAACAGGCAGGGGGGCAGCCGGGGGUGCCCGGGGCACCCCAGGGAGUGCAGCAGGCAGGAGGGCAGCCGAGGGUGCCCGGAGCACCCCAGGGAGUGCAACAGGCAGGGGGGCAGCCGGGGGUGCCCGGGGCACCCCAGGGAGUGCAGCAGGCAGGAGGGCAGCCGAGGGUGCCCGGGGCACCCCAGGGAGUGCAGCAGGCAGGAGGGCAGCCGAGGGUGCCCGGAGCACCCCAGGGAGCGCAGCAGGCAGGGGGGCAGCCGGGGGUGCCCGGGGCACCCCAGGGAGUGCAGCAGGCAGGUGGGGAGACGGGGGUGCCCGGAACACCCCAGGGAGUGCAGCAGGCAGGAGGGCAGCCGAGGGUGCCCGGGGCACCCCAGGGAGUGCAGCAGGCAGGAGGGCAACCGAGGGUGCCCGGGGCACCCCAGGGAGUGCAGCAGGCAGGGGGGCAGCCGGGGGUGCCCGGAGCACCCCAGGGAGUGCAGCAGGCAGGAGGGCAGCCGAGGGUGCCCGGAGCACCCCAUGGAGUGCAGCAGGCAGGAGGGCAGCCGAGGGUGCCCGGGGCACCCCAGGGAGUGCAGCAGGCAGGAGGGCAGCCGAGGGUGCCCGGGGCACCCCAGGGAGUGCAGCAGGCAGGUGGGGAGCCGGGGGUGCCCGGAGCACCCCAGGGAAUGCAGCAGGCAGAAGGGCAGCCGAGGGUGCCCGGGGCACCCCAGGGAGUGCAGCAGGCAGGAGGGCAGCCCUGGGUGCCCGGGGCGCCCCAAGGAGAGCAGCAGCCAGGGGGGCAGCCGGGGGUGACCGGAGCACCCCAGGGAGAGCAACAGGCAGGAGGGCAGCCGAGGGUGCCCCGGGCACCCCAGGGAGUGCAGCAGGCAGGGGGGCAGCCGAGGGUGCCCAGGGCACCCCAGGGAGUGCAGCAGGCAGGAGGGCAGCAGGGGGUGCCCGGGGCACCCCAGGGAGUGCAGCAGGCAGGAGGGCAGCCGAGGGUGCCUGGAGCACCCCAGGGAGUGCAGCAGGCAGGAGGGCAGCCGAGGGUGCCCGGGGCACCCCAGGGAGUGCAGCAGGCAGGAGGGCUGCCGAGGGUGCCCGGGGCACCCCAGGGAGUGCAGCAGGCAGGUGGGGAGACGGGGGUGCCCGGAACACCCCAGGGAGUGCAGCAGGCAGGAGGGCAGCCGAGGGUGCCCGGGGCACCCCAGGGAGUGCAGCAGGCAGGAGGGCAGCCGAGGAUGCCUGGGGCACCCCAGGGAGUGCAGCAGGCAGGUGGGGAGCCGGGGGUGCCCGGAGCACCCCAGGGAGUGCAGCAGGCAGGAGGGCAGCCGAGGGUGCCCGGGGCACCCCAGGGAGUGCAACAGGCAGGGGGGCAGCCGGGGGUGCCCGGGGCACCCCAGGGAGUGCAGCAGGCAGGAGGGCUGCCGAGGGUGCCCGGGGCACCCCAGGGAGUGCAUCAGGCAGGUGGGGAGACGGGGGUGCCCGGAACACCCCAGGGAGUGCAGCAGGCAGGAGGGCAGCCGAGGGUGCCCGGGGCACCCCAGGGAGUGCAGCAGGCAGGAGGGCAACCGAGGGUGCCCGGGGCACCCCAGGGAGUGCAGCAGGCAGGGGGGCAGCCGGGGGUGCCCGGAGCACCCGAGGGAAUGCAGCAGGCAGGAGGGCAGCCGAGGUUGCCCGGGGCACCCCAGGGAGUGCAGCAGGCAGGAGGGCAGCCGAUGGUGCCCGGGGAACCCCAGGGAGUGCAGCAGGCAGGAGGGCAGGGAGUGCAGCAGGCAGGAGGGCGGCCGAGGGUGCCCGGAGCACCCCAGGGAGAGCAGCAGGCAGGGGGGCAGCCGGGGGUGACCGGAGCACCCCAGGGAGAGCAGCAGCUAGGGGGGCAGCCGGGGGUGACCCGAGCACCCCAGGGCGAGCAGCAGGCAGGGGAGCAGCCGGGGGUGACCGGAGCACCCCAGGGAGUGCAGCAGGCAGGAGGGCAGCCGAUGGUGCCCGGGGAACCCCAGGGAGUGCAGCAGGCAGGAGGGCAGGGACGCUCGGGGACCUGUCCCGCCACCCAUUGCUUGAACACUUCCAACAAGCAUAGGUCAGAAGGCGCUGAUCACAGAGCGGUUGGGUGCGUUCUGGGAGGGGAGGUGGCGGGAGGUGUUCGACUCUGCCAUGGUGGCGGCGCGGCCAGCAGUUUGCCCACUUUCCUACACUUGCUCUGA